CCUCCCUCCGCGAAAGGGUGUGCGUUUUGAAGGUUGUAUUUAUCUCGCUAACAUCAAAUUACAAGGAGUACACUUGCGGAGGGAUAACAUUCGAAGCCCACUGUUGGAGCUAGAAAAACGUGUGAUGGAUGGAGCCACAGCUCCUCAAACUGACUGAGUUCAAGUAAGGUCUUGUCGGGACAGGGUACGGCGCAUACACGGAUGCGAAAGCAUGGAAUGCAGUUCAAAUAUCUAUGAUCCCCCCACACAAUUGCAACGUGACAGUUCUAAACGUUUCAUUCAAGGUCAACAUUGGACUUCGGUCAGCUGUAACCGUGGACAUUAUCGAUGAUAUUUAUCUUACGGUGGAACAGGAAUUGUAUGAGCAGCAUCUUUUUUUUUUACCGGUCGGCGGUGAGCAAUGACAUCUUUCGCGGAAGAGAUUUAACCUAUCUGAAGCAAGAUUUCGGUCCAAGUUUUCAAUUUAAAGUUGUGGUAUUUAGGAGAGGGUGUGUAACUUGCUAACUAACACAGCGCCGUAGCCGUGUCUUGAGCUCUCGGUUGCCUGGACGGAUAGCUCGCUCAGGCACCUUCGACGUUUCCUGCUUUCGCGAACGUUGUUAGCCAGCUUGCUACAGUACCUGGAACUGCCGCAUCCAUCUCGAAUAUCUCACUAAAGUUGCCUAGCUAGCCAGCCAGUUGUCGAACAUGGAUAUGUUGUCGGUCCUUUGGAAAACCAGUUGCGAGUGAGGAAAGUGUGUUCAUUACACCCCCAAAUAAAAUAUAUAUAUUUUAAGUUAUAAAAACGAAUUGCAACAUGUCUGUUCGCGUAGCUUUACACUCACCCACUGGCUCCAGAAGUUUUCUGGAGCGGGGACUCCUACUUCUGGUGAUGUUGAUCUUUCUGGAGGGCACCGUACUGACGCUUGGAGCUGCAAGCUCACCGGACAUCAGCGCUCAGGAAAACACUGGAGGAGGACACGACCGCCGCGACGACCACCGAGGGAUAGCAGGCAGCCACGAACAUACGAACUACACGUACACAAAAAAGGCCUUCCCCGUCCUGUCUCUAGAUUACCAUCACAUACAGGUGCCUUUCGAGAUCUCGUUGUGGGUGUUGCUGGCCUCAUUAAUGAAAUUGGGGUUCCACCUGAUCCCCCGGCUGUCCAGCAUCGUGCCCGAGUCCUGUCUGCUCAUUGUGGUGGGCCUCCUGGUCGGCGGCCUCAUCAAGCUGGCGGGCGAGGAGGUACCCCCCGUGUUGGACUCCAACCUCUUCUUCCUGUGCCUCCUCCCCCCGAUCAUCCUGGAUGCGGGCUACUUCCUGCCCAUCCGGCCGUUCAUGGAGAACAUCGGCACCAUCCUGAUGUUCGCCGUGGUCGGCACCCUGUGGAACGCCUUCUUCGUAGGGGGUCUCCUCUACGCCGUGUGCCAGAUCGAGGGCACAUACCUGAGCCAGGUGGAGCUGCUGCCCUGCCUGCUGUUCGGGAGCAUCAUCUCAGCCGUGGACCCGGUGGCCGUGCUGGCUGUGUUUGAGGAGAUCCACAUCAACGAGCUGCUGCACAUUCUGGUGUUCGGAGAGUCACUGCUCAAUGAUGCCGUCACUGUGGUCUUAUACCACCUGUUUGAGGAGUACUCUGGUGCAGGUGAGGUAACGCCGAUGGAUGUGGUCCUUGGGGUCAUCUGCUUCCUGAUUGUGUCGCUGGGCGGCAUCGCCGUGGGCGCCAUCUACGGUAUCCUGGCGGCCUUCACCUCCCGGUUCACCUCGCACACCCGCGUCAUCGAGCCCCUCUUUGUGUUCGUUUACAGCUACAUGGCCUACCUCUCGGCCGAGAUGUUCCACCUGUCUGGAAUUAUGGCGCUGAUUGCAUGCGGCGCUGUGAUGCGACCCUACGUGGAGGCCAACAUAUCCCACAAGUCCCACACCACCGUCAAGUACUUCCUGAAGAUGUGGAGCAGCGUGAGCGAGACCCUCAUCUUCAUCUUCCUGGGCGUGGCCACGGUGGCCGGGCCGCACGCCUGGAACUGGACCUUUGUCUCCGUCACCGUCAUCCUUUGUCUGGUGUCACGUGUCAUUGGCGUGGUGGGCCUUACCUUUAUCAUCAACAAGUUCCGCAUCGUCAAGCUGACCACCAAGGACCAGUUCAUUGUGGCCUACGGUGGCCUGCGAGGGGCCAUUGCCUUCUCCCUGGGCUACCUGCUAGACAAGGACCUCUUCCCCAUGAGGACCAUGUUCCUCACCGCCAUCAUCACUGAAAUCUUCUUCACCGUGUUUGUACAGGGCAUGACUAUCAAACCCCUGGUGGACCUGUUGGCCGUGAAGAAGAAGCAGGAGGCCAAGCGCUCCAUCAAUGAGGAGAUCCACACCCAGUUCCUGGACCAUCUGCUGACUGGCAUUGAGGACAUCUGUGGACACUACGGCCAUCAUCACUGGAAAGACAAGCUAAACCGCUUCAACAAGAAGUACAUAAAGAAGUGCCUGAUAGCGGGUGAGCGCUACAAGGAGCCGCAGCUCAUCGCCUUCUACCACAAGAUGGAGUUCAAGCAGGCCAUCGAGCUGGUGGAGAGCGGCGGGGGCGUCAAGCUGCCCUCCGCCAUGCCCUCGCAGGUCUCCAUGCAGAACAUCCAGCCCAAGAAGCUGCCGCCCGCUGUAGCAGAGCGGGCCCUGCCUCAGUUCACCAAGGGCCGUGAGGAGGAGAUCAGGAAGAUCCUCAGGAGUAACCUGCAGAAGACCCGCCAGAGGCUGCGCUCCUACAACCGACACACUCUCGUGGCUGAUCCUUUCGAGGAUGGAUGGAACGACUUCCUCCUGAAGAAGCAGAGGAUGAUCGAGCUAGAGAAGAAGAUGACAGAGAUGAGUAACUACCUCACGGUCCCUGCCGCACCUCCCGACUCCCCCACCAUGUGCAGAGCCAGACUGGCCUCGGACCCCAACGCCUUCUACAACAUCAAGGCGUCUUCAGAAGGCGUCCCCACCAUCCAGGUGGACCUAGCCUCCCCCCAGUCCCCGGACUCUGUCAACAUGCUGAACGAGUUCUCCAAGCGGGGUGCCACGGACCAGGGCCUGGGUCAGAGGCAGGGGGCCACCCGGGAUGAGGACCAAGGCCUGAUGAUGAAGCUGUCCUCAGCUGGGAAAGAGGAGAAGGGAGAGGAAGAGGGGGGAAACAAGAACCCAGGGCUGAUGAGGUGUCUGAGUGACCCGGGCCCUAGUAAUGAGGAUGAGGAAGAUGAACCAUUCCUUCCCUAAAAUACAACUAGCUCCUCCCAUUGUGAGGAAUAGGGAGGGGCCUGGUUGCAACAGCUCCUCCCCCUGAGCGGGGCACUACAGGGGAAAGGUCCUCCUCCUUUCACUCCACCACCACCUCAUUUGAGUUUGCUAUCCCAUUGGUUGAGGAACCAAUAAAGCCAAAACUGUUAAGGACUUAGGACAUAACUUGUUUUAUGAACCAAAAGAGAAAAGGAGACUAAAUAGCCAUCUUUUUUCAAUAGUUGUCAUUGCUCUUUUUUUCAUUUUUUAAGUGAUAGGAAGGAAGCUCGCCGCCUUGGGUGAUCUUGGGUUUGGUGGGAAUUAGCCCGAAUGACGGGGGAACCUAAUUAUGCAUUACCAAAGUUUUGGACCGGUGACAAUGUUUCACAUUUGUUUUCAUAACGUUUACGAUCGUUCUUCUACUUUCAAGAAAAGUUAGCCUUAUUCUUUUUGUCAGACACAACUCCUUUUCACUUGGUGCAUUUGAUCACACAAUUAACUGCUUGUUUUGAAUUUCAGGGUUCAUAUGAGACUGUUGUUUAUGUGGUCGUCUUUUGUCAUCGUUUGUCAUUCAGUUGGUCAGAGUUCUACUUGGUGUACUCGGUGCUGUACACUGGAUGUACUUCACACUGGAUGUAAUGUUUUCACUGUGCUAAUCUCGACGGACCUCUCUCUUCACCACCUCGCCUAUGGAGACCCGAAGGCAAGCGCAGGCUUGUAAAUGUUGAGAUGCAAACCUGGCAUCGCCUCUAUUUUAAUCGAACGUACGAAAUCGGCAGCAUCACCGAGACGUGUAUGCUGUGCAGUAUAAGCUCAUUUACAUAAAAGAAGGAUUGUGAUGCAACACCAAGAGAUUUGUUGAUCUUGAAUGGACCUAACUCCCCUAUAUAUAAGCCAAUCCCUAAAAUCACACCAAAUACUGUUAUCCUCCUGACACCCAGCCAAAAAAAGGUUUUGUAAUGUCUUAAUUUUGUGUUUUGAGUUCCAAUAAUUUACAAAGACGAAUUUGCAUGUGCGCUGUAGUGGACAAAAAGAAACGGUUGAUAGUAAAUAUGAAAAAUGUAUAUUACAGUAAAUGGGUACAGUAGGUAAACAUAUUUGUCACAUGUGGUCCUCUAAACCAGCUCUUAUUUAAACGUGGGAAAAUGAUUACACUGCUCUGAAAACUCACCAAAUUAUUUCUAAGAUAUUCACUCGAAGCAAUUUGAAUAUCAAACUCACAAAAAUUAUAAUUACGCACACUUAUCUUCUUACCACAACACAUGCUAAUUGUGUUGGCAGCCAUUUUGAAACCCCAGGAAGAGAAAGUUAUCCACUCAUGUGAUAUCAUUGAAAAACCCAGAAUGUCCUCUGGUACAACAGGACUUAAUGCAGUGGCAUGUUAAAGAGAGUGUACAAAAAUGAAUUGGUGGGUCUCAGGAGGAUAUGUUCCCUUUAAGAAAAUGUAUGGGCCAUUUCAGAACCAUUUUGUGGUGUUUUCUCCGUAUUCUCUUGCCGGUAGUCGCAUUUUACAAUUCAUCUUACAUCUUAUGGGUUUGAUCUAUUCUUUACUCUCUUGCACCUUAUUUACAUCAGCUGUUUUUGACAUUUUUAAAAGACCCUGUUGCCAGUUUAACGUUCCCCAUUUGGUUCUUAGCACUCCCCUUUUGAAAAUCUAGUGUUCCAUAGACAUUUGGGGUUUUAGGCAUGGCUGUAAAGGAUAUGAGGUUUGAGGGGACAAUGGAUGUUUAUCGUCCAACCACCUCAAUGGCCAAUACUAUAUAAUUAAUUUAACCUUCAUUUAUCCAGGCGAGUCUAUUAAAAACAGAUUCUUACACUCCGACUACACCGGCUGUGCCUGCGUCCACCAUCGUGCGUAUGUUGAGUUUUUGUCGAUCCACACCAGACGUGAUCAUGACACGCAGGUUAAAAUAUCAAAACCAACUAUGUUCAUUUGGGGCAAGUCGAAAGAAGAAACAUUCACGGACAUUUAGCCAGCUAGCUCUUGCUAGGUAGUUUGUCCUAGGAGAUGGACAUUUAGCCAGCUAGCUCUUGCUAGGUAGUUUGUCCUAGGAGAUGGACAUUGGGUUGUUAUUUUACCCGACAUGCAUAUGGUCCUAUUCUUAGCUGGUUCUUUGUAGAACUUUUGACCCGGAGUGUUUCUCUACUCCGACGUCUAAUCCGUAGAUGGAAAAGGGAAACCUAGUUCGUUUUUAGUUCGUUAUCUUUAGUGAAUCUCUCCUCGUUUUGUCUCUCAAGCUUUCGCGUCUUCCUGAUAUCCAACGAGGAGGGGACUUGCAGCGCGACUCUAAUAGAACAAAGUUGUAUUUUAGCUCUUGGCUACGCAGACCCUUCGUCACACGAGCGAGCACCACAUGGCCGGUGAAUGAUGGCCUGGAGAUACAGGCUUGAGGACUUGGGCAAAACUAGCUAUUCAAUGCAGUAUAUUGGUGUAAAAUGUGCAUAGCGAUUAUUUUGAUUAUAACCAUUUUUUAAUUGAACGAUGCCCUUUAAAGCAAAUGCCAUGCUGUAAUGUCGACGCAAAUGAAGAGGUCAUCGCUCCUCUGCUGACAUUUGAGGUCUAUAACCAUCACGGGCUGUGCGCUAGCUAGUUGUAAGCAAAUUCACACCCGAACGCAAGAGCCAACACCUAUUCUGCUCGCACGACAGUGUAAAGCUAAUCUAGGGUUUGCGUAAGACUAUGAAAACCUUGACGUGUACAGUAUAUGGUUGUAUAGGUAUUACAGUCCAUUGCUUCUCUUUUCUACACAAAGCCAUAAGAUCAAAAGGAACAAUUGAAUAGUUGAUUUGAUUUUGAUUCAAAAGACUGCUUGCUAUAUUGUCAAUGUGAUUACUGUCGCUCAUCGAUCUGAACAUCUCAAGGGGACAUUCAACCACUUUUAGGUGCAAAGUACAUUGCAUCUAACAUUGAUUCAAUAGCAUAGCAACCCCUCAACCCACCUACUGUACAACCAUCUUAGAUUUGUAGUGUGAGCGACAACUUUAGCUGGAGUCUGUUACUGUCUCAACUAGAGAAGCCUAAGAUGUCCAAGACCGUGGCCUAGUUUGCUGGUUGUCACCUUCCUCUCUGACUUCCAUGUAUUGUCACUUUACGCCCAUAAAGAGAGCGAGCGAGAGAGUCUUGUUACAGCUGAGGAGAGGAGGGAGGAGAGAGAGGGGUCUCCUUACAGCUUAGGGGAGGAGAGCGAGAGGGAGGGAGAGGUGUACGGUGGUUACUGAGGUUACGGUAGAGAGGCGAACAUGAGGACGGGGUGACGACGUAAUGGCGUGCUUCUAAAAAACUGGCCACUCGUGCACAUAAAGUACUACAUGUGUGUGUGUGUGUGCGUGGUGGUCUCCUUUCAUGUCCCCAUUCGCUCACAUGGGCAUUGCAGUGGCGGAUACUUGUAGGUUGAGUCCAGGAAGGUAAAAUAGAUCUUCACUGAAACCAAAUUGAAUGGAUGAUAUGUUGAAAUGUCAGAGCUUGUUGUCAAGGACAGGCUGCUUCGGCUGUGAGAGUUAGACGAGGACAAGGUCUUAUUGGUCAGAGAGGGGUUUAAAAUGAAGCUUUACUUAAUGAUAGACAUUUGAUACUUCCCUGGCAGAUUUUUCUCUCCAUUGUAUUGUUAUUUAAACGACCAGAAAUGUAGUAUAGUAUGAACAUGACAUUUACAAGGUUUCCAAAACAGGUUCUGUAAGUGCAGCCAUAGAAAGUCAACGUUAGCUUGGCAACUAGCCUUGAAAAAUAGUUUCUAAGCCCCUAUUUCUUUUAAAUUAGCCUUCGUGCUAGUGGAAGAGCAGUUUACCUCGACGCUUUCCCAUCCAUCGCUCUUUUAUUUGGCCAUCACUUAAAGACCGUCAAUGGUUUCCUGCUGGAAAGGAGGAACUACUGUUAUCAUGAGUGUUCAGAAGACCGAUCUUUAAAUUUAUACUGAACAAAAAUAUAAGUGCAACAUGCAACAAUUUCAAAGAUUUUACCGAGUUACAGUUCACAUGAGGAAAUCAGUCAAUUGAAAGCAAUUCAUUAGGCUCUAAUCUAUGGAUUUCACAUGACUGGGAAUACAGAUAUGUACAGAUAACUUAAAAAAAUAUAUAUUUAAAAAUGCUUCACGAUGGGCCUCAGGAAUUUGUCACCGUAUUUUUUUUGAGCAUUCAAAAUGCCAUUGAUAAAAUGCAAUUGUGUUCGUUGUCCGUAGCUUAUGCCUGCCCAUAUCAGAACCCCACCAACACCAUGGGACAUUCUGUUCACAACAUUGUCGUCAGCAAACCACUCGCCGACAACACCCUACAUACAUAUGAUGUGUGGUUGUGAGGCUGGUUGGACGUACUGACAAAUUCUCUAAAACGACAUUGGAGGUGGAUUAUGGUAGAGAAAUGAACAUUCAAUUCUCUGGCAAAAGCUCUGGUGGACAUUCCUGCAGUCAGCA